AUGUUCGUGCUCGGCCUGGCCGGUAACAUGUCCGUGAUCUACUGCACGCUGCGAAAUCAACGGUUGCAAUCCGUACAGAACCUCUUCAUCCUCAACCUCUCGGUAGCUGAUCUGGCCAUCUGCGUCUUUUCUCUGCCUUUAACACCCAUCACGAACAUCCUGAAAAAUUGGCUAUUUGGCGCCGAGAUGUGCCAUGGUCUGCCGUGGAUUCAGGGCGUGACCAUCUUCAUCGCGACGUUCAGCCUGACGGCAAUUGCCAUCGAUCGAUACUACAUGAUAUUAAAGCCGCACACGCCCGUCAGGAAAUAUUUUGUGAAACCGGUGAUGUUCGUCAUCUGGAUCCUGUCAGCCAUCUUCACCCUACCGUACGCCAUGUAUAUGCAGGCCGAAGACUACUGCGGCUAUUUUUGCACGGAGGCUUGGCCGAAUCCGGAGCUCCAGAAGAUUUAUACGGUUUUCGUCCUGUUCACCCAGUACAUCGUCCCGUUCUCGGUGAUCUUCUUCUGCUACUACCGCAUCUUUGUGCAGCUGCGGAUGCGAACGCAGGAAAAGAUAAGAAAAUACAACGAGCGCUCGCUGGUGCUCUUCGCGUCGGCGGGGAUCAUGAGCGCCGUCGGGCACUCGAUUCACGGAAAAGAUAUCCUCGCACAGAUCUCGAAAAAGUCGUUCCUGAUCGCGAGGGCCCGAAAGAACACGAUCCUGCUCGUGUCGAUGGUGUUCGUGUUCGGCUUCUGCUGGUUGCCCCAACAUAUCGUCGCCAUGAUCAUCGACACGCAGGCCUGGGAGGAAGCCAGCCAAUCGUGCUCCAAGCUGAAGCUCCAGUUCAUCGAUGGCCACGAGGCGGACAUGCGCAACAACACAGAGUUCCUGGGUCGCAUCGACGACGCGAAGAAGGCCGCCAAAAAUAAGGUCAUCUUGGUGGUUAGAGGCGCUGACGCGCUCGUGAAAUCGAAUGAAAGCCUCCUGUACGCGCUGCUCGACCUCAGCCGCUCGGGGCGCAACUUUUUCAUCGUGCUCGUCGUCUGCCACCAGGAUUUCAUCAUGAGCGUCGAGAAGCGCAUCCGGUCGCGCCUUUCGUCGAAGAAGGUCAACUUCCCGGGGAGGCAACAAGCGUUGCAGGAGUUUUUGAAGAACUACGAGAAGCUUCUGGCGGCCGAUCCAGUGUUGGGGAAGCUAAAAGCGCUGAAGAGCGACCCGAAAAUUGUGGCGCUACUUGAGGAUUGUCAUGUAAAGAACUGCACAUCCUUCUAUCGCCUCAAACGCGCGCUAGCAUUACUCCGAGCGGAAUUACUCGAAAACGAGGACCCAACGCAAAAGGCCCUCAUCGCGGCGGCUUGCUACUGGCUGAAGCUGACGAAUGGGUGGGAUGACGAGCUGCUGCAACAGUUGGAAGGCCUCCCGCGCCAGGCUACCGCACUUUUGCUGUGUGCUGUCCGGCGGGCAAACGCCAAGGGCUACGAGGCGCCCAUCACCUAUCAGCGCAUUGUCAAAGAUUACCUCCUGAUGGCCAACACGGUCAACAACACAUUCCGCGACACGUCGGACGGGUUUUUGCUGUACAAGGAGCUCGAUCGACUCAACGAGAUGCGCCUGAUCAUCGUGUGCGACCGGAAGGCGGUGAUGCUUCAUAACAAACAAUUCGUGCUGGCCUGCUCAACGGAGACGCUGCUCCAAGAAAUUCAGCACCUAGACUUCCCCGGCGACGUCGUCCGCUGGGCCAGCGAGGAGCCGCUAGCCGAU